UCGAAGAGCAGAUAAGCGUGCUUGAAAAGGAGACACGCUGAUGACACUCUCUUGCUUUGCUGCAGAGUCACAACCCCCUAAGCCACUUUCGCUCACCACCUGUUUUCACCCUCAUCGCCACCAGCACCAUGACUUUCAACGGCAACUGGAAAGUGGACCGCAAUGACAACUAUGACAAGUUUAUGGAACAAAUGGGUAUCAAUAUGGUGAAGAGGAAGCUGGCCUCCCACGACAAUCUAAAAAUAACCAUCGAGCAGAACGGAGACAAGUUCCACGUGAAGGAGAGCAGCAAUUUCCGCACCCUGGAACUCGACUUCACCCUGGGGGUCAACUUCGAUUACAGCCUGGCUGACGGCACUGAAGUAUCUGGCUCGUGGGCACUGGAGGGCGAAACGCUGAAGGGCACCUUCACCAGGAAAGACAACGGCAAGCCGCUGAUAACCACAAGAAUUGUGCAAGGAGAUGAGCUCAUACAGAGCUACAGCUAUGACGGCGUUGAUGCUAAAAGGAUUUUCAAGCGGGCUUAGGUUUGAGCAAUCUUCCGAGGAGGUUACAGACAAUAUUGUAUGACUUACUGUAAACCUGCA